CAAUCCAUACCUCACAUUCCACCUCAGGGAAGAGAACACAGCUCCGCAAUGGCAUCAAACAAAGACAACAGCAUUCUCGUCGAGUGUCGCAAUGACGGCAUCGCAGUCAUAACCCUCAACCAACCCAAACAACUAAAUGCGCUGGAUCAACACCAGUACUUCGACCUUGCCGUAGCACUACGCGAUAUCGCCGAGCGCGACGAUAUCUACAUCACCAUCCUAACGGGCAGAGGUCGCUAUUUCUCAGCCGGUGCGAACGUCGGAAUCGGCUCCUCGUCUGCCCCAGAAGACGAAUCUCCCCGCCAAUUCUGGCUCAAAUCCUUCGUCGCAAACAAUCUCCACAUCACACACGCCUUCUACACGCACCCCAAGAUCCUCAUCACAGCGCUUAAUGGUCCCGCGAUCGGACUUUCAGCCGCCCUUGUCGCCUUCUCAGACUUCAUAUACGCCGCACCACAUACCUUCCUCCUCACACCGUUCUCCUCACUAGGCCUCGUCACAGAAGGAAACGCAAGCGUCGGGUUCGUCCGGAGGUUAGGAAUCAGCAAAGCAAACGAGGCGUUGAUUAUGAGUAAGAGGAUCACAUGUGAUGAACUUGUGCAAACGGGCUUCGUGAAUAAAGUGUUCGAUGUAGACGCGAAGAAGGAAGGUGCGGAUGAAGUGUUCUUUGGACAAGUGUUGGAAGAAGUACAAGACAGGCUUGGCCCGCAUCUCAAUCGCGAGAGUUUGGUGGGGAUUAAGAAGUUGAUUCGGAAACCUGAGAUGGAUGCGCUGGAUCGCCAGGGGGUUGAGGAGGUGUUGGCGGGAUUGGAGCGGUUUAGGAAGGGUAUUCCGCAGGAAGAGUUUAGGAAGAUUGCCGCUGGGGAGAAGAAGCAUAAAUUGUAG